GUAGCCCGGCAGCUGGGUAGCCUACAGCGUAGUCCGGCUUAACCCGGCUCAGGAAUGGCUUCCCCACGGGAGCUGACCCAGAACCCCCUGAAGAAGAUUUGGAUGCCGUACAGCAAUGGGCGGCCCGCCCUGCACGCCUGUCAACGCGGUGUUUGCAUGACUAACUGCCCCACGCUCAUUGUCAUGGUGGGCUUGCCUGCCCGGGGCAAGACCUACAUCUCCAAGAAGCUGACUCGCUACCUGAACUGGAUUGGUGUACCCACACGUGAAUUCAACGUUGGCCAGUACCGCCGAAGCAUGGUCAAGACAUAUAAAUCUUUUGAAUUUUUCCUCCCAGAAAACGAAGAAGGCCUGAGAAUUAGGAAGCAGUGUGCCCUUGCAGCCCUCUGUGAUGUCCGCCGAUUCCUUAGUGAGGAGGGGGGACAUGUGGCGGUUUUUGAUGCAACAAAUACCACCCGAGAACGAAGACAGACCAUCUUUAAUUUUGGGGAACAGAACGGCUACAAGAUGUUUUUUGUGGAGUCUAUCUGUGUGGAUCCUGAGGUGAUAGCUGCUAACAUUGUGCAAGUGAAGCUGGGCAGCCCUGACUAUGUUGACCGUGACAGUGAUGAGGCCACAGAGGAUUUUCUGAGGCGCAUCGAGUGCUAUGAGAGCUCGUACGAGUCGCUGGAUGAGGAUGUGGACAGGGAUCUGUCCUACAUCAAGAUCAUGGACGUGGGGCAGAGCUAUGUGGUGAACCGUGUGGCUGACCACAUCCAGAGCCGCAUUGUAUAUUACCUCAUGAACAUCCAUGUGACCCCUCGCUCCAUCUACCUCUGCCGGCAUGGGGAGAGCGAGCUCAACCUCAAGGGCAGGAUUGGUGGAGACACAGGACUAUCCCCCCGGGGCAGAGAGUUUGCCAAGAGUCUGGCCCAGUUUAUCAGUGACCAGAACAUCAAGGACCUGAAGGUCUGGACAAGCCAGAUGAAGAGGACGAUCCAGACAGCUGAGGCGUUGGGGGUGCCCUAUGAGCAGUGGAAGGUCCUCAACGAGAUCGAUGCGGGCGUCUGUGAGGAAAUGACCUAUGAAGAAAUUCAGGAACAUUAUCCACUGGAAUUUGCCUUGCGGGACCAGGACAAGUACCGGUACCGGUAUCCCAAGGGGGAGUCCUACGAGGACCUCGUCCAGCGGCUGGAGCCUGUCAUCAUGGAACUGGAGAGGCAGGAGAAUGUGCUCGUCAUCUGCCACCAAGCCGUCAUGCGUUGCCUCCUGGCCUACUUCCUUGACAAGGCGGCAGAACAGCUGCCAUACCUCAAGUGUCCACUGCACACAGCCCUGAAGCUGACCCCCAUGGCUUAUGGUUGUAAAGUGGAGUCCAUAUUCCUGAAUGUGGAAGCUGUGAACACGCACCGGGAACGGCCUCAGAAUGUAGACAUCUCAAGGCCACCAGAGGAAGCUCUCGUCACGGUUCCUGCUCACCAAUGACUGUGUCUCAUCCACUAGGACCUCUGGGCAGGCUUCCAUCUCUGCAGAUGUCAUUCCAGGGCCCUGAGUCCAUGUGACAGCCAU